CUUCGCAACACAUGCCGUACAAGCUUGAAGUGCACUAUUCUAGGUUUGUUCCCCCGACCAAAGAUAAGCACAGGUCAAAACCAACUGGAGAAUGCUGACAUCCUCGAAACCUUACUGUCAAUACAGAUAGAGGGAUAUCUCUGCGAGAACCACGGCAAGCGGUACGCGUAGGGACCGUAUAAGUAUGCAGGGUUCUCUAGUAUAACCUCGUUCAACACAACCCCCAUACAAUGGCACUUCACGGAGCCUUUUUAAUCUUCGUGGGCCUCGUGAAUUACAUGUACUUUUCAGCGACAGCGCUAUACGUCUACGACUACCUAUUGACGCUCGAUCGCGAGGUUCGAUAUUUUUGGGGAGCCCAACCAUCAUUCUACACCAUCCUCUUCUACUUCUACCGAUAUCCGGCAUUGGCCAACACGGUCCUCGAGGUGCUCAGUCGGAUAGAUGCUCCCUGGCAGACUGUGAAAUUGCGGGAUAUGCAACGCUUCCAGAUGGGCUUGGAUAUCGUCAUCCUCGUCAGCGCUGCUAGUAUGUUUGCGGCCCUGCGAGUCUUUGCGAUCUACAAUCGCAAUCGUUGGCUUUGCGCUACCGUACUGCUCAUCGGCCUGGUCAAUCCUGGAAUUUUGAUUGUACUACCUUUCACUAGAUCGAUCCCGUCAUUGGGGACCGUCGACGGUUUCAGAGCUUGUACCCUGGCCUUGGCCGGAAGUCAGAGGAGCUAUGAGAAGUGCGUCUGGACUAUUUUUGCCAGAGUGGCAGCGCUCAUAUCGGACGGUCUUGUUCUGGUCCUGACCGGCUUGAAGACAAGCCAGAGACGCACGGACGUUGAUGGUGUAGUGGGCAUCGAAAGAGCACUGAAAGAUGUUUUGCUACACGACAAGCGGACACUCAUACGUAUGCCCAGGCUUCUCUGCGGCGUGAACGUGAUUGGCAUAGGGACUGGUCAUCUAACGGAGUUCCUUGAAAUCUGGACAUUGUGGACAGCCAUAUUCACUUCGAUUCUGCUGUCCAGACUCUCUCUAGAUCUACGAGAGGUGGCCGCCGCAGAGAGCGACGGCGGCGAAGUAUUUUCUCGCACUUUGCGAGACACACCCAGCUUCGCUCGUCCCGACUCUGGUGAUUCAACUAUGCUCUCCCCCAUUGAUGAAUACUGCCUUGAUGACUUCCGUGCAUCCCGUCAACCCCCUGAAUGCGAUGCCGCGGCCGACGGAUGGAGCCAGCCGUCGUACAAAGAACCGUCAAUAUUAAUUACCCAAAACAAAUGUCUAGCCUAAGUUAUGCACAUGGUCAUAAACA